CAAACAUUCCCGCGUAUUUCUGCCGGUAACAACACUUCCGUGCGGUGAUGAUGCUGCACCGGAGCCGGUGACAACAACAUGGAGGCUGACACCGGGGCCGGCAGCGUGUCCACGGCCGAGAUGCUGAGAGGAGUCGUGGCCGAGAAGCUGACCGCCGCCGCGCUGGAGAUCUUAGCGGUGGUGGAGAGAACCGUGGCCGGGUACGAGGAGGAGGCUGCGGGGCUGAGGCUGGAGGUCGACCGGCAGAGGAGACAGCUGGAGGCUCUGCUGUCCAUCUCCGCGGAGAUCAAACUGGAGGCAGCAGAUGACCAGUUUCCUGUCUGUGAGCCGGCGGCGGGAGGAAGAGCUGAACUCCCCGAAGAGGAACAGCGGCACAAACAGGAGCCGAGUGUGGAAGACAGCGGGAGUCUGGGCCUCGUCUGCUCCACUGUGGAACGGAUGGAGGAGGAUGAAGAGGAUGAAGAGGAGCAUCCGGAACAUCUCACAGAACCAGAUUGUGAAGAAUCAUUAAGGUUUUUGACUUCCACAGUUCAGUCUGACAGGAGGAGUGCUGACGGACCUGCGAUCAGGGAAUCAGAGGACCACAUAGACCUCAGGAUCCGCAUCCUGCAGGACUGUCAGAUCAAAGUGCUCUCACCCCACGCGUUUACGAAGUUCCCACUUCUGGAGCUGCAGUGUCCUCGUGGGCUGCAGGAGGCAGACUUCCUGGACCUGCUGAGGUCCACCUUCCCUCAACUGGCUGCUCAGGAAACUUUUGACCUCUUCUUAACUGACAAAAUGAAGAAACUACACCCGCUCAGAGUGGAGACUCUGACGCCAGAGGAGAUCUGUAAGACCACUGGAAGUGCAACCCUCUACAUCCGACUGAAGCUGCCUGAGGGAGUCCAGCCCCAAGAGAGAGAACCUCUGCACAGAGAAGAUGCUGCUCCAGAUUCUCCGUCCACAGAUCAAACCGGACUGAACACAAGAGUUCAGUCUGACAAGAGGAAGCCCAGCAGACGUCAGAGGAGUGAACCUCCGAACCUAAUACAUCUCAGGAUCUGCAUCCUGGAGGACUCUCGGAUCAAUAGGCUCUCAAACAAAGUGUAUAAGAAGUUCCCGCUUCUGGAGCUGCAGUGUCCUCGUGGGAUGCAGGAGGCGGACUUCCUGGACCUGCUGAGGUCCACCUUCCCUCAACUGGCUGCUCAGGAAACGUUUGACUUCUUCACAUGUGGCAAAAAGAAGAUACUGCAGCCGUUCACAGUGGAGGCUCUGACACCAGAGGAGAUCUGUAAGACCACUGGACGUUCAACCAUCUACAUCCGACUGAAGGAAGUCCAGCCCCAAGAGAGAGAACCUCUGCACAGAGAAGAUGCUGCUCCAGAUUCUCCGUCCACAGAUCAAACUGGACUGAACACGAGAGUUCAGUCUGACAAGAAGAAGCCCAGCAGACGUCAGACAAGUGAACCUCUGAACCUAAUAGAUCUCAGGAUCUGCAUCCUGGAGGACUAUCGGAUUAAUGUGCUCUCAAGAAACGUGUAUAAGAUGUAUAAGCUUCGCAAGCUGCAGUGUCCUCAUGGCCUGCAGGAGGCGGACUUUAUGGACCUGCUGAGGUCCACCUUCCCUCAGCUGGCUGGCCAGGAAACUUUUGACUUCUUCUUAACUGACAAAACGAAGAGACUACAGCCGCUCAGAGCGGAGGCUCUGACACCGGAGGAGAUCUACAGAAGCAUCAGGCUGAAUGGAUCGGGAAACUCAGCCCUCUACAUCCGCCUGAAGGCACAAGAGGAAGUCCAGACCAGUGAAGAAGAACUUCAUCGCGCUGUUAAAGUUUCUUCAUCCACUUCUAAACUAAGCAGGCUGAACACAACAAGCUCAAGAUCACAACAUGAAGACCUGGAAACAGUGAAAGCUGAGGAUGAAGAUGGUGGAAGAUCAGAGUCGGCCGUCAGUCGUCUCUGGUCUCUGCUGGUUCUCUCUGAGAGUGCAGCAGACGGAGGCGAGCUGAGCGAUGAUGACUGGAAGUCAGACAAAAGAGAGAAACAUGUGAGGGAAAAUGAACCUGAGAAGAUGACGAGAAAGAGACGAGUCAAACAAAUGAAGCAGUCGUCUACGAAGGCAUCGACCGAUAACGGUGACGCCUCUCUGUCCUGUAAAGUCUGUGGAACUUUGCGCGGGACUGCGAACAUGUUGAAUAAACACGCCUGGAGUCAUGUGGACGAUCCAAAGCGGCUUUGUGGAGUGUGUGGAGAACAUUCAGAGUCUGAAGAGCAGCUGAGGAGUCAUCUUCAAAGUCACCAGAAAACUCACAGCUGCAACAUCUGCGGAAAGUCUUUUCUCUCCACCAACGGCCUCAACGGACACAUCGCUCGACACACAGGAAAGAAACCAUUCAGUUGUAAGGUCUGCCAUAAAACGUUCGCUCAGAGUUGGGUGCUAAAGAAUCACAUGUGGGUCCAUGUGAGUGAUAAGCCAAACAAAUGUGAUUUUUGCCAAAAAUCAUUUACUUCAAAGAUUGAUCUCAGGCGUCACAGGUUGAGGCACACGGGCGAGCAACUGCACCACUGCAACUUGUGCGGUAAAUCCUUACGCUGCCUUGACGCGUUAUCCAAACACAAACAGAGUCACGCAGUCAGAGAAACAACGUUCACCUGUCAGAUCUGCAGCAAAACGUUUAAAACACACCAGAAGUGUCAGGUCCACAUGAAGGUCCACGCCAGGGAGAAACCUUACAAGUGCCCUGUCUGCUUCAUGGCCUUCAGAUUCAAACACUCUAUGAAAAGACACAUUAAGACUCACCGGGAGGGAUCAGACCUCCGCAGGACUGAAGCUCCAGUUCAGGUUCUAGCUAACAGACUCAACGGCACUAAAAGUGUUGUUAAACGAGUCCGGUGAUUUUUAGAUUAUUUUAUCCACAAAGUGUUUUCUUGUUAAAUAUGUUGAAAAAUGUUACAGAAAGCACGAAGCUCGCUAUAAUCUACAUUAUGGUUAAUGUCAAGAAAUCUCCAACAGUUCAUUACUUCCUGUCUGCGUCUCUAAGCUCGGAGGAAGAAGAUUCACACACAAUACUUGUCAGAAGGUUAAUUCACUGUUGGUCUUUUUUUAAGAAUUUCAUUUAAGAAUGUUUGUGCAGUGUCUCACAUUGUCACUUAUUAUCUACAGAAAUUCAAGUUACCAUGUCAAGCGCACAAAAAUGUUCAUUAUUUUAAUGGCAACAGAAAUGUACAACGUCCUUUGAUGGGAAACAUCUAAAGUUAAUGUCUAAUUUUUAUCUGUGUUUUUAAAAUUACAGUUUUAGGGUUAAAUUUGUAAGAUUGUUUUUACAGUAAAUUGUUAGAUAUUAGUUUCCUUUUUAUGAGUGACAUUGUGUCAUUGAGUCCAGCACCCAGCCAAUGUCUCUAAACACAGGAAUAAUACUCUGUGUGCAGAAGUUGUUUAUUCUGAAUAUGUUUUGAAUGCAGCAUUGAUUUGAUUGUUGAUGAUUGUCUUGAGUUUUGUUUACCAGUAAACAUUUCCAACUGCUUGUUUCUGUUGUUCUGUUGUUGUAUCAGUGCCAGAUAAAUUAAAUGUGUCAACAAAUGCCAAGUGCCAGAGAAGAGGAAAAUGCUGAAUUUCUCAAAGAGGAAGUCUAUAAGGUAUGUAGGAUUGUUGAAAAUGAUAGAAAAUACAUCAUAUAGACAGAAUCGGACAAUAGGUUCCCUUAACAAGAAAGUUAUCUGUUAAUGCAUCUAAAUAAACAAUAUUCACGAUGAACUACACUGGAUCAA